GGAGUCUUCAUCUUACUCAACCACAUUAGUUGGCUUCCCCUUCUCAAUUCUCAACUUCUCUGCCUAAACAAAGCAGGACAAUCAAUUUCCAGUUUUUCGCAGAUUGAUUAAUUAAUUUUGAUUGAAUUGAGAUUCAUGGGAUUAAACCCCUCCCAAAAUCAACUUUUUUUUUAAAAAAAAAUUAAUUUGAGUUCGAAAAUGGGCCCGAAUUAGAAUUUCCCGCUAGUGAUAAGGAUGGAUGGACGAGACUGUUGACUAAGAACAAGAAUGAGAUGUAAAAAUUUUGCUUUGUGGUACGAUCUUUCCAGUUGAUGGUAGUGGGGAUUGGAACAGAGAGAAGAUGACGGUGGCGGCGAAGGUGGUGGAUGAAUUGGUGCCUCACCCUGUCAAAGAACAGCUUCCCGGCGUAGAUUAUUGUGUCAACAGCAACCCUUCAUGGGCUGAAGCCGUCGUUUUGGGAUUUCAGCACUAUUUAGUAAUGCUUGGGACGACUGUGAUCAUUCCUACCAUCAUUGUUCCUUACAUGGGCGGUGGCAAUGUGGAGAAGGCUCAAGUGAUACAAACUUUGCUGUUUGUUUCUGGAGUGAACACACUUUUGCAGACCUGGUUUGGCACCCGGCUGCCUGUUGUGAUAGGCGGAUCGUUUAGAUUCAUAGUUCCAUCUCUUUAUGUUGCAUUUGCCCAAAGAUAUUACAUCUAUCUCAAUCCUUAUCAGAGGUUUAUAAGAACGAUGAGGGCAAUACAAGGUGCUCUCAUGGUUGCUUCAGUACUACCUAUGUUGCUUGGUUUUCUGGGAAUUUGGAGAAUUGUUGUAAGGUUCCUGAGUCCUCUUUCUGCUGUGCCUCUGGUAGCUCUUGUUGGACUUGGUCUCUAUGAACAGGGCUUCCCGCUGCUUGCAGAAUGUGUGGAAGUUGGGCUUCCGGAACUGAUUAUUCUUAUUUUAUUGUCUCAGUAUAUUCCGUACAUAUGGAGCUUUAAGCGCCCGAUUUACGAUCGUUUUGCUGUCUUAUUGUCUGUGGGGAUUGUAUGGGCUUAUGCAGCCCUUCUGACAGCAGCUGGCGCAUACAAAAAUAAGCCCCUAAAUACUCAGUUGAGCUGCCGUGUUGAUCGUUCUGGACUUCUAAGUGGAUCGUCAUGGAUUAGCUUUCCAUAUCCAAUUCAAUGGGGUCAACCCAGUUUACAUGUUGGAGAAGUUCUAGUGACACUAGCUGCAGCUUUUGUUGCAAUGGUUGAGUCAACAGGGGCAUUUAUUGCUGCAUCUAGAUAUGGGAGUGCAACACAUAUACCAGCUUCUGUUCUUAGCCGAGGUGUUGGCUGGCUGGGAUUUGGUAUAUUUCUGGAUGGUUUAUUCGGUACAGGAAGUGGAUCUACCGUAUCAGUUGAAAAUGUAGGAUUGUUGGCUCUGACCCGAGUGGGGAGCAGAAGGGUGCUUCAGAUAUCAGCAGCUUUCAUGCUCUUCUUUUCAGUAUUAGGAAAGUUUGGAGCUAUUAUUGCUUCCAUCCCACUGCCAAUUGUUGGAGCUCUAUAUUGUGUUCUAUUUGCUCUCAUGUCUUCUGCUGGUCUUGGCCUACUGCAGUACUGCAACCUCAACAGCUUCAGAACAAAGUUUAUCAUAGGUUUCUCAUUCUUCAUGGGUCUUUCAGUACCAAGGUAUUUCAGUGACUACGUGAUAACUUCUGGUCACAGCCCUGUUCAUACUCAUUCCGUCUGGUUCAACAAAAUGGUGUUAGUGAUCUUCACGUCCCCAGCCACCGUGGCCGGACUCGUUGCAUUCUUUCUGGACCUUACAUUUGCACGCAAGCACGCCUCAACUCGAAGAGACAGUGGCAGGCAUUGGUGGGCUAAGUUCAAGUAUUUCGACAAAGAUCCUAGAAGUGCAGAGUUUUACUCUCUCCCAUAUGGUCUCUCUAAGUACUUCCCCUCACUCUAACCUUUGAAUCAUCCGAAUGAAGAAUGUGUAUUCUAUGGACAGUUCAAAUUAUGUAAAAUAGAUAAACUGCAUCUGAUGCUUCUACAUAGUCGAGAAUGAUGCUUGUCUGAAGGAACAUAUAUGGGAAGAGAACGAAGAAACAGUUAUGUGUGUGAAGAAUUGGCAUAUUUUACAAAUAAGGGCUCUUCUCAAUAAUCCCAUAAUUUGUAAAUAUAUUUGGAUAUAUUCAAUUAU